AUGUCAAAUGAUAUAAAUUUAAUAUCUUCAAUUAAUUUUGCAACAAUACAAAUUAAUCGUCAUGCAGCUGCAGUCGUACUGCUUUUUGGUACAAUUGGUAAUGUUCUCAACGUUUUGGUUUUAAGUGAAAAUUCUUUAAGAAAAAUUCCAUGUGCAUUUUAUCUUUGUUGGUCUUCAGUAUCAGCUGUUGUGUUUCUAUGGUCAGGAUUAUUAACACGAGUUCUACAAGGUUAUAAUUUUAAUUGGCCAAAUGAAAAUCGACCAAUUUGUAAAAUUCGUCUGUAUUUACUUAAUGUUAGUUGGGCAGUAGCUAUAUGGGCUCUUGUUGGAGCAAGUAUGGAUCGAUAUCUAUGUAGUAGUUAUUCAGCUGCCUAUCGACGAUUAAGUACAAGUCAAACUGCAAAACGAUAUCUCAUUGGAAUUUUUAUAUUUUUUGCAUUAGCAUUUCUUGAAAUAUUGUAUUGUUUUGAAGCAAGUGUUCCUAAUGUUCCGGUUGCUUGUUAUGCUCAAAAUCUUACUUGUCGACUAAUUAGUGAUUGGAGUAACAUAUUAAUCGAUAUCGUUUUUCCAAGCAUAUGUUUAGCCAUUUUUGGUGCAUUAACUAUUCGCAAUGCUCGAGCAAGAUUUAUUCAACCUACAGCCAAUUCAAUUAGUGAAACUACUACAAGCACGAAUGCACUAGUAACACGAAAUAAUGAUCGUAAUCUUACGAGGAUGUUAUUAGUUCAGGUAAUGAUUGUUCUUGUUCUGGAUUUACCGUUUGGAGUUGAUCGUUCAUAUGUUAGUCUAACAUCUGAUGUUCCAAAAAGUGCAUAUCGUGUUGCUAUUGAAAAUUUAUUAUAUUCUAUAAUAAUACUUCUCUUGUUUUUCACCCACACAACUUCAUUUUAUUUGUAUACACUUACUGGUACACUUUAUCGUGCAGCAUUCAAACGUCUUGGAUACCGUUUUCUCAAUCAACUACAAGCAAGACAUUAA